AUGACUGACAAUACUUCUAAAGAGCCCCCAUUACAAACAAUGAGUGGUAUGCCACCGAACCAUAACCCAUGGAUGUAUGGUCUUUAUCACCAGUACAAUGGGUAUCACGGUGGCAUGUUCCAUCAAUUUUAUAAUCAUCAAUACUUCAAUCAAAUCGGAAAUAACGGAGGAUUUCAUAACGACGCUCACCAUUUUCAACAAAAUAAGGACGCUAAAGCUGAUUUUGGUCAUACUCAGUUUUCCAAACCGCCUCCUCCUUUGUUGGGAAUGUCUCCACUCGAUUCAAAUCGUCCAUUUAACAAUCAAUCUCCUAUACGGUUUAAUCUUUCUGGUAAUAGAAAAUCUGCCCCUAUUCCCCCUAAUGAAAAUCCUCUUUUAACCAAUAAUAAUUCAAAGAAAAAACGAAAGAAGGGAAGCAAGUCUUGUGACGAUUCGGAGGCAAUUUUGCUCCCGCCUCUGCCUGAUCAUCCACCACCUUUACCUCCAUGUCCUCCGCCGGAUCUUCCUAAGCCUCCUCCUCCUCCUCCUCUUGAUGUUCCACUGCCGCCUCCGAUUGCAACUGAAGACAUUCCUGAACCAUUAGAGGAUCCUACAAAUGCAAUUAGUAAAGAAAGAGAAUUGGAGAAUAUUGUCUUGAGUGACAAUUCUUCAAACUUUUUAUACUCUUCUUCGAUACAAACAACUGCAGGAACAUGGCCUGAAAGCUUAGAAAGGUACAUCAAAAGAUGCUAUGAGAAAUGUAAAACAGCUUUUGAUCGUGACCAAAUAGAUAUAUGUUUAAAGGGUCGUAUUACAGCUGCAGCAAACAAAGAUGAAAUUUGGACAAGGAACUGGGAUGAAGAGCCCAUACCUAGUGUUCAUAGUGAAAGAAAUAAUUUAUCAGUGAAACCUGUUAAUACUUCAUUUGCUUUAUAUCAAAAAUCUGAGGCUGUUUCAGAGCCAAAUAAGAACAAAAUUGCCUUGGGUCCUAGAGGCUCCCAACAAAGAAGACGCAAAGCACGUUCCAGGAGUCAUUCCAAAUCAAAAAGUCCACCUAGAAAGAGACAUAGCACAUCCUCCGGGUCUAGUGAUGAAGUUGAAGACAAGAAAAAUUUUAAGAACAAAAGUCGUCAAAAGAUUAAAGACAGAUUGUCCUUGGAUCAGAAGAAGCAUGAAAAAUAUCCAAAAAAUAUUAAAAAGAAAGCUUAUAAUCACUUUGCCAUUGAAGAUGUGCAUGGCAAUGCUGAAAAAUUGCAGAAAAGAGCACAGCGUUUUGGUAAUACAAGUGUACCCACCAUAGCUAGCUCACUGCAAGCCAGUAGUAAGAGACCUGAACCUUGCUCGAAGAGGCCAAUAAUACAAGACACUGAAGGCGAUUAUGAACUUAAUAAUAUGCAUAUAGUAGGAACUUGCACAGAUAUUGAAAAGUCCUUUUUACGGUUAACUAAAGCUCCAGAAGCUUGUGAAGUAAGACCUGUGCUCAUUUUGAGGAACUCUCUCAAGAAUGUAAAGGAACGUUGGAUAGACAAACAAGAUUACAGAUAUGCCUGUGAUCAAUUAAAAUCAAUAAGACAAGAUUUAACUGUACAAGGUGUGCGAGAUAGUUUUACUGUAGAGGUCUAUGAAACUCAUGCCAGGAUAGCUUUAGAAAAGGGUGAUCAUGAAGAAUUCAAUCAAUGUCAAACACAACUUAAAAUGCUCUACUCUGAACUACCGGAUUGUAGAGCUAAUGAAGCAGAGUUCAAAGCUUAUAGGAUAUUGUAUUAUGUAUUCACAAAUAAUACUUUAGAUCUAACUACAAUAUUUCAGUUUUUGUCAAAAGAAGAUAGAGAAAAUGAGUGUAUCAAACAUGCAUUAAAUACUCGAUGUGCGUGGGCAACAGGAAAUUUGCACAAGUUUUUCAUGUUAUAUAAGUCUGCCCCAAUGAUGGCGGGAUAUUUGAUAGACUGGUUUGUGGACAGGGAGCGGAAAAAUUACUUGAAAUACAUCAUAAAGUCCUACAGACAAAGUGUUCCCGUGGACUUCAUCGUUCGAGAGUUGGCGUUUGAGUCGAGUUCUAAGGCUUUAGAGUUUUUAAAUCAAUUUCCUCUCUCAUACACUGGCAGCGAUCAGACUCACAUUGAUUGUAAGGCCAGCCUCAACUUUGCUAAUCAAAGUAUC